AGGAUUUAGUUCCACAGGGCACUGAAGCACCGGAGAUGGCCUGCCCCUGCAUUAUUCCAGGCCAUCACCUUCCCCAGGAGCAACGGGAGUAAGUUGCGUGUACAUGACGUCACUAAAACGUAUAAUGGAGCAAUGGAGGAGAUGCGGUCUUUACAGACAGGUGUGAGUGCUGUCAUCGGAAGUGUACCGGCGGACCGUGACGUCAGCGGAAGUGUAAUGCGUCCAUGGUUACCGCUCCCCCACCAGCUGUCAGUGCGGAAGUAUACAGUCGCCGCAGCCAGGGCCGCUCUGUGUCCGCCGCUAUGUCCGGUCUCAGCGGCCGGGAGAAGGAGUGCUGCAGGCGGCUGCUGGCUCUGCUGGACACCCAGGAUCUUAUCUCCAUAGCGGAGACCGUCACCAACCGCAUGAUCCAUGUGCUGAGCAGGGAAGAGGCCAUUGAUGCAAUCCUGUCAUACAGUAAGGAUGCCACCGAGCUCUUGAAAAGACGUAAAGUUCACCGCAGCGUCAUAUUUAAAUACCUGGAUGAAGAGAAAAUCUCAGUGCUCCCGUCGUGGGAAAAGCAUCAAUUAAUCCAAUGUGCACUGGAUCACUGGAGGGUCCCAGGUGUUCAGAAGGACUCUCCUCCAGGACAGAAGCCUCAUGCCGUGCAAGAAGUCUCCUGCGGGCUGCCCAGCUGUAAGGUAGAAAAGGAAGACCAAUCCCACCUUGAUUCGCUUGACUGUAAACUGCUUGGAGAACAAUUUUGCACUUGGUUUUAUUCUCUCCUGAACUCCCAGAACCCAUCCCUUGGGCAAGAGAGAGGCGACUGGGGGCCCCAGCACUUCUGGGAGAACGCAAUACUUAGAUUUUCGUACAGAACGAGAGAGCAAGCAAUGGAGGAACACAGCGGCUCUCAGAUGACAAGUUUACGUCUGCUUUCUCUAACUCGAGAUGAGAGGCUGAUAUUUAACCCCAACCUCGACAGCAAAGGAUUAAAAUGUGUCACUUCUUCUCAUGGGCUUGUGGUGGUGGCUGUUGCUGGUACAAUUCACAGGGGCAACGCUUGUCUGGGAAUAUUUGAACAAAUCUUUGGAUUAAUUCGCUGUCCGAUUGGUAAUAAUUGGAAGAUCAAGCAUGUGGAUCUCAAGAUCUUAGCACAGACUGCAUUGGGCUGUGAAGAGUCUCAACGUUUGCCUUCUAUUAGUUACAACACUGGGGAAUUGGAGGUCUAUUAUAAAUCUGAUCGCUGAACUUAUUGCACUUCAGUGUGAGUUCACUUGCUGGCGAUAUGGAGUGUGCUUUGUGAUACCAGGAAGUGUGAGGUUAUUGAACUGGUUCAGAUAAGUGGUUUCACUUCAGAUUGAACAUAAAACCUCUCCGCCAGCCGUACAGCACAGACAGAUGUGUGAAAUCAAAGUUGUUUUUUGUUUGUUUUUUAAAUUCUGUAAUAUAGAUAUAAUUGAACGUUGUAGUUCAUUUAAAUUUUUUUUUUUUUAAAAAGUAAAGUUUCACUUUUGGUUAAUAUAAUUUAUAUCGCUUGCUAAGUGCUCUUAUUAAUUCCAAUAAACAUAAAUGUUCACUAGAAGCAGCGACACAUAGCUCACUGCUAAAUGGUGAGAUUAGUGUAAAUUGAAGCCAGUGCUAAUAAAACAGUUCUGCAAACAGACCUACAGAUGGAGCCAUGAUCAUCUUGGCUUCUCUGCUGCGCCUAGGCACACCAUGGUUUAUUAGCAUAAGCCCUUCAUCUAUUGUUCUCAGAUACAAUACAGAGAGAACAAUACAUCAGGGGAUUAAGUCAUUACAGCAGGGGGUUAAAUCCGACUGCCCUUGCUCAGUUAAUCCUAUUCUAGGUCACAGAGAGAAGUUUGCCAGUAUCAACCAAUCAGAUUCUGUCAUUUGUAUGAUGGGUUGCCAGGGGCAAUCCCACCUUUUGCACGAUUUUAUGCAUGACCGGCUCAAUUACAUGUUCUCUAUUUAAGUUGCUGCCGGGCAAAUCACUCAGGGGAUGAAUUCAGGGGGAUCCGGUCUGAAGAUCGACAGUGUCUAGGUCGACAAUGUUUAGGUCGACCACUAUAGGUCGACAGUCGCUAGGUCUACAUGGAUGGAAGGUCGACAGGGUUUCUAGGUCGACAUGUGCUAGGUCGACAGGUCUAAAGGUCGACAUGAGUUGUUCACAUUUUUUUUUUUUCUUUUUUUUGAAUUUUUUCAUACUUAACGAUCCACGUGGACUACGAUUGGAACGGUAAAGUGUGCCGAGCGAAGCGAGCCAUGCGAGGGGACGCGGUGCACUAAUUUGGGAUCCCGGUCACACUACGAAGAAAACGACACCAAAAAAAAAAAAUCCUCAUGUCGACCUUUAGACCUGUCGACCUAGCACAUGUCGACCUAGAAACCCUGUCGACCUUCCAUCCAUGUCGACCUAGUGACUGUCGACCUAUAGUGGUCGACCUAAACAUUGUCGACCUAGACACUGUCGAUUUGAUGAACCACACCCGAAUUCAGGGUGCACACUAGAGGGUAAGGCAGUGGACUGUAUAGCUCAAUAAAUAUAUUGAAAUAAAACUGCUUGAGUUAUUAUUGCUAAAUAAUUUUGGUGUCACUUUUUUUUUUAUUUAUUUUUUUUAUAUGUGAAAUCAAGGAACAGCCUAGCAUGUCAUUAAGAAAAAAUGGGUAACAAAAAAAAGUUUGAUAUGAUAUUUGCGUUACACAGUUAAACUACAGAAAUUAUGGCUAUUGGAUUUACUGGAUCUAAGUAAGAGGUAAAAAAUAGACUUUUAGCAUGAAAGUGUACCCAAGUUCAGUCCUCUUUACCCACAAUUUUAUAUCCUGUGAAUUUAAAAAAAUUGGAAAUAAAAUCUCACUGUCAAAGAAUUUGCGUUUGAGGAAUACUAAGUAGACCACACUAGUUAUGUCCAAAAUAAUGUUAUACAUUCUCUCUAACGCUUAGUAGUCUCAGUAAUGGGUCCUAUAUAUCUACGAGCCAAUUCACUUUGUGCCUGACUCCAAUCCAGAGAACAUUGUUGAUUGGUGAUCAACCAAAAUAUUGUAUGUUUAAAAUUCCCGGCUCAACGAUUACAAUCAUUUUUGUGUUUGAAUCUGUGUAUACCGUAGAGGAUUUCCAACAUGUUGGAUUUCACGAUUCCCCACCCAGGACCGUCAGAACGGGGGAUACUACUUGUUAUGUUUGUGGGUUUUUUCCAGAAGUUCAGUCCAUUUACUCAGAGAACAUGCACAGAAAUAUUUAUUUUGUUAUUUUGUUUAGAAGUUAUUUUGUCAAGUUUUCUUUACAUGUGUGCAGACUGCAUUGAUAUGCUGUAUCCUACAGAGACCAAAAUUACUUAUUUUUAUUGGGAAUUCACUUAUACCAGAACCGUUUUGUCUGAUCAGUGUUUCUCUAUGGGCUGAACUCUCAAACUAUUACAGAAACCUUCCAGGAGAAUAGGCUGUUGUUGAUCCUUCUCCACCUAAUGUAAUGAUAAUCAUCCACCACUAGGUGGACACAGUAGACUAGUUUAUAUAAAAUGUGAAUCCCAGUGAUAAGUAUUAGUUGUCCAGCUAUAUAAGCUGAGCGCAGACUUGCUGCAUUCCUGCUGCUCAGGCUUUACAUGUGAUAUGGCCAUUUGCUGCUCAGACCAUGCUGUUGAUGGCUGUAUUGCAGACAUACUGUAUGCUGAUAGCGUUUUCUCUCAACCACAUAAACCAAAUGCUCCUAAUUAUUAGGAACCCUGCUGGUCCCAAAAAACAAAUGAGAGCUUGGUUAUAUAA